AUGUAUAAUUUGAAGGAUUCAAAUACAACAAAUGUAGUUUCCUUCAAUGAAAAGAUUUCAGAAAAAGUCUGUCAUCGAUCAAAAGGCCCUACUGACAGCUUACAAAAAGUAGAAAAAUUAGAAAAUAAUAAACAUGAUGUACAUCAAUCACCAGAAAUAAAUAUUAGGAAUAUAAGAAAGACAAAAUGUCUACCUAUAAAAUUUCAAAAACUAAUGAUUCCAAGGAAAAAUACAAAAUUGAGUUACCAUUUCAUUAAAAAGAAUAAUAAUUCAUCUAAUAUAUUAAGUGUGCGAAGAAAUAGUAAUAUCAAAAAUGUACUCGAUGAUUCACACAAGGUGGCAGUCCAGUCAGAAUUCAUACAGGCGUUGGCAGAAGAAAAGUAUACAGUGGAUAAAAUAAGAUUUGGGAAUAUAAGUAAAGUUAGCAUACUUCUCUUGUAUCUUCACUUUUUGCUUUGUUAUUAUCUGUCUUUUUCAAAAACAAGCCAUUUUGUUGAGCUUUUUGAAAUGUGUCCGGCGAAGAACAAUGGAGAUUGAUUAUAUGUGUUUAUAUAACAUUUACAAUUAAUAAUAGAGGAAAUGAUGCAUUUUGAACAAU